GACUGAGGAAUGCAUGACAGAUCCUCAUAACCUGCUCAACCGACGGAAAGAGACGGAGGCUCACUGAUCUUUAAAUCCCAGCACCAAAGCAUACGUUAAAUUGGUAUUUUUUUGAGUGGUGUUGUCAUCCAAUGAAAAAGACAGAAUGCAUGCGAUUGUGGUUGUCACUCUGCUCAUAUUCUGCACCGUUUCCGAUGUCCAUCCUCAGAUGUUCUCCUUAUCCCUGCCGGUGGGCCCUGGAGGAGGUGUGUCCUUCAGUCUGACGGGAGAAGGUCGUAUCACGGCUGUCCGAGUAUGGGAGAGAUACAACAACUACAUCGAGGGCUUGCAGAUCCGCUACGGUCCUAUCUGGUCGCCUGUAGUAGGUCGUCAAAGUGGCGCUGGCAAGGACUUGGAGUUGUUUGACGGUGAAGCCAUCAUACAGAUCUCUGGAAAGUAUACCUCCUCUCUGCAGUCGGUGCUGUUUGUCACUAAUUGCAGCCGGUCACUGCAAGCGGGUCAGCCGCGUGGGCACUCCUUCAACAUGUAUCCCCAGAGCAAGGAGGCCGAGCUGCGCUUCAUCAGCGGCCAAGUCAGAAAUGGUUUCACUUCCUUUGGGGCGCACUGGGUUGUUGUUCAUUGAGCUUUGUUGUGGUUGCUGUGAUAUUGUAUGAAAACUAUGAGAAGUCCUUAAUUUGUUUUUCUUCCUUUGUCCCAUUUUAUGAUUCUGACAGUGAUCAGUCCAACAGUUGGUCGGGAAUCGGGAUGUAUUUUUGCCACAUUGCUCACUUAACCCUUGAGUCAACUUAAUCAAAACUAUAUUAAACGUAAUGGUGUCCCGAUACCAAUAUUGAAUGUAUUUCAAUACUUUUCGGUACUUUUCGAUACUUUUCUAAAUAAAGGGGACGACAAACAAUG